CCUACAGGGAAAUCGAAACCUAUCUGUGGAAUAAUUGCGUAACUUGUAGGUUACUGUAAGUCUCCCAUUUUGAGUCCAGAGCACACUGCCUGCAGGCCAGCAUACCUGAACAAUUCAAUUUCGGACAAUGGCUUUUAAUCAGCAGUCACCUUUUUAUAACCCAAGAAUCCCCUUCACUGGAUCAAUCCAUGGUGGUCUGCAGGAGGGGAAGUCCAUCAGCAUCUGUGGGCGAGUCCUGCCUGGAGCUGAUAGCUUCCAUGUGAAUUUACAGUGUGGUUCCAGGACCAAUGCAGACAUUGCUCUCCACAUUAACCCACGGUAUGACAGUCACCCUGGUUAUGUGGUUACCAACACCUUCCAGUAUGGCAGUUGGGGCAUUGAAGAGAGGAAGCACAACUCUCCAUUCCCUGCUGGCUCUACCUUCAGCCUGCUUAUCACAGUCUCCCGUGAUUCCUUCCAGCUGAAUGUCAGUGGCUGCCACUUUAUGGAGUACAGACAUCGUAUCCCAUUUCACCAGGUGGACACCAUCUCAGUAGGCGGGAAAGUAGAAAUUUCCUCCAUUGCCUUCCAGAACUCUAUGUUCCCUGGACAACUGGCAUUUCCUGCUCAGCCUGUGUUUGCUUCACAUGUAGCCUAUCCCACCCAGGCUGCCUUCCCAUCUUGUCCAAUGUUUCCACCUCAGCCUGGAUUCUCCCCACAGCCUGGAUUCCCCUCACAGCCAGGAUUUCCUUCUGCAGUGCCUGUCUCUAUACAGGCUGUUCCCUACAAGAACAUCAUCAGCGGUGGACUUAAACCUGGCAGGACCAUCACUAUCCAGGGGACUGUUGCCCCCAAUGCCACAAGGUUCCAUGUGAAUCUUAGCCAUCACUCUGGCAUCGCCCUGCAUUACAAUCCACGUUUCAAUGAGAACACUGUGGUUCGAAACAGCAAGCAGAGGGAGCAGUGGGGCACCGAGGAGCGCGGCGGAGGGAUGCCCUUCCACCGGGGACAGCCUUUCACGUUGACUAUCUGUUGUGAGAAUCACUCCUUCAGGAUUGUGGCUAAUGGGAUGCAGACACACACCUUUAGGCAUCGUUUCACUCCCGUCCAACACAUUAACACCCUGGAGAUCGACGGAGACAUCAGUCUGACCACUGUGAUGGUGUAGAGAUCCAGGACCUGUGGUUGGUCUUGACAUCUUACACACAACAUGGUUUCAGUGACCACAAUCAUUUAUUAAUGAAUUAAUGCUAAUUGAUUACUUUGGGUAUUUACUGGAUAUUGUAUAUUUGCCUCCUGUGGAUCCAUACUACAAAUAAUCAUUCUCAUUUUUAUAUUAUUAUAUGCUAUACAGCUCCUGGAAACAUUGGUUCUGGGAAAAUCCACCUACGAUUUUAGGUUCAUAAAAUAAGGUAAAUCUGGUUGAAUUCUGUAGUCUGGGGUUUCUCCAUAUGCAUUCUGUGCAAUAAAGGCAAAUAGUCACUGAGGUGCAAGGAGACAAGACAAGUUGAGAGAAAAUUACAACCCCAGAAUAACUCUUGGAUUUCACUGAACAUCAGACUGAAUGCAGCUAACAAAGUUAAAAUGUCCAAAGGUGAAAUCCACCAGUUCCACUAAUAAUUGAAAAGUAUAAGAGUCUCUAACAAAAUAAUACUGCAAUUCAAUUGCCUGUUAAUUGUGUAAUUAUUAAUGCUUUGUGAAACACUGAAAUUAAAAUAUAGUGUGACAACA